AGGCCGGAGUUUUCUAUUUUUUGCUUCUCUUUUUUCACAGAGAAUUCUAGAGUAGCUCCCAUGGCGUACAUCGAGCGAGGUGAAGUGAAAUCUAAGCGAUCAAUUUGGCGGUUGAGGACAAUCACAGAUUUCUUUUGGGGCAUUGUCAAUUUCAUAUGCGUAUUUUUUGCAACUAUGUUUUCGAUGGAAAAGUCAGAUGCUUACAGAAAGGGCUCUGGUGCUAGCAAGAAAUGGGAUGGUGGCGGCCCAGGAGGUCCUGGAAGUGGUCCAUACGGUGGUGGUCCACGUGGACCUCCUCGAGGACUAGAUAAUGUGCGAGGGCUGAAUGAUGUUAGAGGGAAUGACCAUAGUUCCCUACCUGCUUGUGGCUCCUGCUGCGGUGGCUAAGUGUCGGGCGUAUUUGUUGUGCAUUUGCUAUUAUUUAUGAAAUGUACAAUGAAUUAAAAUUUCGAAGUGCAUAUGUUAAUGGAAGUUUUAAGAGAUAAAGCAGAACUCUUUGUUGGGAAAUGUAAGAUGAACUGAAGUUAAGAAAUAUGGUAAUUUCAAUUGCUGUUUUCAGAUUACUGAUAGAAAUGAACCUUGAUAAUAUAAAUCAAUAACAUUCUCACAA